AUAAUAAACGUAAUUGAUUUAUUGAAACCAAUGAAAAAACAACUUAUGUCAAUUUUUUUAGCCGUAUGUUCAGUGUGCGUGAUAUUCCCCAAUCGUCAUAAUGCUAUUACACUUUUUAUGUGAUGUAUGGUGAAUUAAAACUACAUUUUCGUGGGGUGAAAAUUCUAUAUUAGUAAUAAUAAUAAUUUCGAUAUAAAAUACAAAUAUGUCGAAAUUCUUUGAUGAUUUAAUAUGGCAAUUGAAGCCCUAUAGCAAUUUUAUUCCAAACAUUUCAAAAACACUAGUGAGGCCCCUUAUCCAAUUAGCCGGACGAAGUUUAGAUGGAAGCUACACUAAUGAAGACCCUUUAGCUCUAAUAAAAAAUAGAACAGGCAUUACAGAAGAUUUAUCUGAAUUUUAUACUAUUGUAUUAAUAAUUAUGCAGACUAUCUUCCGUGCACCAUUUGGUUUAAUCAAAGCAAAUGAACUAAAUCAAGUACUUCAUGAAUUAAAUUUUAAAAAUGAAGUUAUAGAAGAUUUGUGCAAUACUUUAUUUGGCCAACAUGCUCAGCAACUAUCACUAAGUUUUGAUGAGUCAUCGAAUGUUAUCCAUCGAGCUAAGGAUAUUUUGUGGAAAAUAGACAUUUCUUUAAUGCACAGUGCCAUCUCUAAUAUGACAAAACCCAAAGUAGUUUUAAAAUUGCAACUAUCGAAUGGACAAACUAAGACAUUUGAGAUAACACCUAAGAUGUUACACAAACUAAGACUUAACAUAGCUCUAAUAUUACGUAAUAUGAUAGCCUUAGAAAACCGAAGUGUCCUGAAGCAUUUAUAGUUUUUUAUGCCAUAAUCUAAAUUUAUUUCAGAAAGAGAUUUAGUAAAAUGUAAACAGUAUUUAUUGUUGUGUCAUAAUUAAAAUACAUAUUAUGUUAUAGAAA